CUGAAACGAAUAAUCCCUGGGGGAUUAAUUUUAUAACUUAUUAUUAUUGCAUAAAACUUGUUAUAUAACACCCCCACAUUAUUAGGCUUCUUGUCAAUGACACAGAAGGGGCUUCACAGUCCUUUAUCAUUUGAGCAGUAAAAUACGAGCCAAGGAAAUCUUUUCAAUAUGGCCACUAAUUGGCAAAUGAUAAGGAAAGCGGUCGGCUCGAUUAUAAUGUUUAUAAUGUUCCAUGUUUCUAAUACGGAGAUUUGCACCAAGUCGAUUUGCGAGUACGAGUUUGUUGUGCGGGAGACGAAGACCAUGAUGUACUCCGCGGACGCUAAUAAUGCGUACCAAGUGAAACUCGAAGACGACGGUUCCUUGUCUCUACUUGCCACUCCACAUGGCUUUCACAGGACGGUACCAAACAUUAGUAUUCCUUUGGACAAGGUGCACACUGUUGACGGCAUCAAUAGAACAAUCAUUACUAUCAACGACCAGUUCCCAGGUCCGACUAUUGAGGUCACUGAAGGGGCCGAGGUUGUAGUGACAGUCGUCAAUCACCUGUUAAAAGAAGGCGUGACUAUUCACUGGCAUGGAGUGCACAUGCGCAGUAACCCAUGGAUGGAUGGAGUCGCGUACAUAAGCCAGUGUCCAAUCCAGGUCAAGCAAUCUUUCCAGUAUCGAUUUAUCGCUGACCCCCCGGGGACGCAUUGGUAUCAUUCGCACUUUGAGCUCCAGAAAUCUGACGGGCUUUACGGUGCACUAAUCAUUCACAGAUCGCUGCCCCGCCUGCCGUAUCACGUCAUCACUUUGAGUGACUGGUUUCCAUGGCACUCCACUGAAAUAGAGAUUUCAAACCCACUGCGAAUAACACGGAAAGGAUAUGGGGAUAUCUUCUAUGCCGAUGAGAAACGCAGUUAUAUGUUUGACUGGACGAUUGAAAACCCCUUGCACUAUUGGUCGGGUUUAGUGAAUGGAAAAGGUCGCCAUGGCAACAACACUGCACCGCUCAGCAUCUUCAGGGUCAAACCGGGAUCAACAUACCAACUGCACGUGAUCAACACGGGACUCGUCUAUCCGUACAGAUUUGCCAUAGACCAGCAUCAGCUGACAGUGGUUGAAAGUGAUGGCCAUCGCGUCAAACCCGUCACUGUAGAUUCUGCGAUUAUCUUCAACGGCGAGUCCUACGUGUUCGAGUUCAAAGCGAAGACAAAGCCCACACACACUCGCUACUGGAUGAGGGGAGUGAACUUCCGGACGGGCGUUGGACCAGGUGCUCCCCCAGAUGGCUGGGUUUGGGACGCGAGGGCCGUACUCCAGUAUGAAUCAGAAGACAGUCGGGAGGACCCGAUGACGGAAGAAAAAGCAUGUAGCGAAGAGUCCCCCUGUGUGGUACUGAACUGUCCGUGGAGAAUCUACAGCAAGGUCUGGUUUCCACACCACACCUGUAUCCCCGUAUCAGACCUACGCUUGGACAAAACAUACUACGAUCCCGAAGUCAUUGACAAUCAGCCCGAGCGCAACGACGACGUGCACGAAGUCUUUCUCAAUUUUGGCUUCCCAAUUGGCUCCUCUGUCAACGCGCGAAGGUUCAUUAGUCCCCGGGCCCCGCUCUUCCAAGACCCUGACACGUGGGGACUCACGGACUGCGCGAAGGCGUGUUCGGACGAAGGCUGUUGGUGCACCCACGUGGUUGAACUCCCACCAGGGAAGACAAUCCAUCUAGUGCUGAACUCCUACAACAAUGCAAAACUCAGUCAUCCCGUCCACGUCCAUGGCCACAGCUUCCAGGUGUUGAAGAUCGGCUACCCCAUGCAGAACGAGACGACCGGUCAAAUCUUCGGCAUCAAUCCCGACAUCACUUGCGACAACGACUUCUGUAGCCGACAGAGAUGGUCCGCGGGGCAGCCCAAGGAUCUCAAUUUCGACAACCCCCCUCUAAAGGACACGGUGGUUGUCCCAUCGUUCGGUUACACGGUCGUGAGACUCAGUAAAGAGAAUCCAGGCUAUUGGUUCGUUCAUUGUCACGUGGGAAAUCACAUGACCGAGGGUAUGGCGCUGAUACUGAAUGAGUCGUUUGCCAAGCAACCUCCCGCCCCGCCUGCAUUCCCUACUUGUCAGCAGUUCUCUCUCGGGCAGAGUGCCUUCCAGGAUAUGCUAAAAAGCAAUGAAAAGUGUCUUGAUGGAGUUUGUACUGCGCAUGCCCAUCUUGUGACCAAGACGAGGAAUGACGAGUAUUGUGAGGUCCUGGUGGGUCACGUGACCGCUAUCCUUGUUGUCCUCAUUCUAUUGGUUGUGCUGAUGCUAGUGGUAACUGUCGUCUGCACCUGUUUACUUGUCAAACAGAGAAAGGGAAGUGACAGUGCAGUCAUCUUUAGUUCUUCAAAAGGAGUACAUUUGUGACUUUAUAAUUUUCUUCACAAUAUGACUUAUCUAAAGGUACUAAUACGAGCAAAAAUAAUUCAAAAUUGUUUCGCAACAUAAACGGUGCAAGCUGAAUAAGUUUGUUUCAGAAAGUAGAAGGUCGUUCUACCUUAUUCAACAAAGCUUGUGAAUGUUGCGCGUACUACCACAAAGAACCAGGUUUUCUCGUAGCAAAAUGACGUCAACACAACUCAAGCCACACUGACGCUUGUGAUUGGUUGAGACAAGUUGGAUGGUAUUGUUGCUGAUAUUACCGUACCUUAAGCUAAAUAACCGCCUCUUUGAUAACUAUGCAUAAUACUCAAGGUACUUUUCGUAUUCAUUCGCCAAUCAAAAGUUAGGCAUUCUGUCAGGGAACAUCCUAAAUGGUGCACAUUUUUAGGAAUUUGUGUGUGUGAAUCAGAAAGCAAAUUCCAUAACAGAAAAAAAAACAGAACCUCCAUAUUAUGGAGGAAGUCUCCCUCCCCACGCUUUCAACGAAAAGUUACAUCCGCUCUUUCAACGAGAGAACAGACAAACUUGCCAAGUCUAAAAUAUUUCUAUAAUAUAAUUUUACACGUAGACCUCGAGUUUGAAGACGCUAUUAUUUUUCUGAAUUAUCAGUUUCUUUGUCAAAUGUAACUAUUGUAUAUUUUGCUUUUACUGAGUUGGUUAAGUGAUCGAAUGCGAAUUACUAAUUGAAUAGCAGUCAAACAGCGAAUUCUUCAGUCAAGGUCACUGGGGCAACCAACACGAGUGAACAAAAAUAAUCUUUUGAGCACGGGCUUUCGGAUGGUUUCACAAAUAUAUUUAGUAAUGUCUUUUUUGUUUUAAAUAAAAAUAUUCCCACCUCAA